AUGUAUAUCACUCCUGAAGGUAAACUGACCCUUCAAACUUUCACACAAGUCAAGACAAACUCAAAGCCCCUAAUUUAAUCUGUCCCCCCACUAAGGAUAUUUGAAAAGCAUACGUGGGUCGUCUCCUCGUUACUUAGAGAAUACGAGUUCACCUUUGAUUGGACAUUUAGUAUCAAGAUUACCCUCUUCUAUCAUGGAAAUAUUUAUGUCUCUGAUAAUUGUAAUAUCAAGUCUCCUUGUCACUUCCAUAUCCUCUAUCAUUAUUAUCUUGAAGACGCUGUUGAACUCUGGCCUGCUUUUAAACUAUUUUACUAUCUCAGCAGCCAACCUGUCAAAUCCUCAUGUUGA